CCAGGGUCCUGAGCUUCUCUGAGUGAAUGGUCCUCCUGUUCAGCAAAAACCAAGGCCCUCAAGCUGCACUUUAAAUUGGGAUAUAUCAUCACUGCAGAACCUGUACAAGGUCUGUCAGCAGGAGCACUAACACCAUCAGGAAUAUGUACUCAUAAAUUCCUGUCUUUAAAGCAUCAAAAAUGCCAGUCUUUAGGAAUAUGCUGGUGUUUGUGGCACUCGUUUCCAUCUUGAGACCGGUCCAUUGUCAAAAAUUGCCAAGUUUUGAUCUGCUGGAGGAGUUCCAUGUGGCUGAGUCAAGAGGAGUGAGGAGAGUGGAUGGGUCUCAACCUGAGGCAGUGGCCUACCGCGUCAACCCCUCCAUUCAUUUCCAGAGGGCAAUGAGUGAUGUGUAUCCAGAUGGACUUCCCACCGAGUACUCCAUCAUUGCAACAUUUAAAGUGACCAAUGACACUGCUCAGACUUCCUGGGACCUUUGGCAAGUCACUGACCCAAAGGGACGUGAACAAGUCGGCCUGCGCUUCCAACCUGAUACACAGUCGUUAGACUUUUUCUAUACCGGCCCCAAGGGGACACAGAUGGUGAGAACUUUCCAUGGUUUGCAAAAGUUGUUUAAUGGAGAGUGGCACAAAUUGGCACUGAGCAUAAAGGGCACCCACGUGAGGUUACUAAUAGACUGUGAGGAGGUCAGUGUGGAGAGUAUCGAUGAGCCGAGGCCAGUCAGUCGACAAGGUUACACCUCCAUUGUCAAACGAGCUGCAAGAGACCGCUCAGCUUCUGUGGAUCUUCAGCAGAUGAAAGUGUCAUGUGAUCCAGAGCAGGCUUAUUCAGAGAGCUGCUGUGAGCUCUCCAAUGUUUGCGGGGGAUAUGCAGAGAUCGGCCUCACAGCUGGAAGAGCAACUUGCAAAUGUAUGCACGGACAACCAGGCUUUCAGGGCCCUCCGGGGCUAAAGGGUCACAUAGGGCUUCCAGGAAAACGUGGUGACCAAGGAAGACCAGGCAAUUGGGGAAUCCGUGGAAUCACAGGAGAAAACGGCAACAUUGGUGAGAUGGGACCUAAGGGCGAACAAGGAAUCAAAGGAGAAAAAGGAAUGAGAGGACUCUGGGGACAAGAGGGAGAGAGAGGUCCGAAAGGGCUGAAAGGACUGAAAGGAGCUGCUGGCUUUAAGGGAAUUCGGGGACCUCCUGGAGACACUGGAGAGACUGGAAAACAAGGAGAAGUUGGUACUAAAGGCCUCCAAGGAUAUCCAGGGAUUCCUGGGUUUCAAGGAGUGAAGGGCCAAAAAGGGAAUUCUGGAGCUAUGGGGCGGCCAGGACCCAGAGGAAAGCAGGGUGUCGUAGGGGAUCCUGGAGAAAGAGGAGGUCCUGGAGAAAAGGGAAGGCCUGGUAUCCAAGGACCUGUGGGCAGAGCUGGAACGAUUGGAACAAAAGGUAUUAUUGGGGAUCCGGGUUUACCUGGCAGAGAUGGAGAUUCAGGAAUAGAGGCGUAUCAAGGACCUCAGGGUCUUAGUGGAAAAUCUGGACGUAGCGGAGGAAAGGGGGAGAAAGGCACCCUCGGGCCAACAGGAGAAAUGGGCCCCCCAGGCCAAACUGGCCCAAGAGGUUAUAAAGGUUCUGCAGGAAAGCCAGGAAGACCUGGAUUUAUUGGUCCACCUGGACCUACCGGUCACAUGGGUGUGCCUGGAAAACCAGGGGUCAAGGGUGACACAGGAAUUCAAGGAAUUAAAGGAGUUAAAGGUGCACAGGGGGAAAAAGGAGUAAAAGGUUCAAGUGGAAGGUUAGGAGACAGAGGUGAGCCAGGUUCUCAGGGAGGACGAGGGAAGCGUGGUCCUGCAGGCCCACCUGGUCGUUCAGGUCCUGUUGGCGUAAAGGGGAUCCGAGGUGAGGGAGGUCCCGACGGCUUUCAGGGACUCCCAGGACCUCCAGGCCCAACGCUCCCUGCUGAACAUGUGAUUGAGGUCUGUAAGAAAGUGGUCCUGGAGCAGAUGUCCACCUUCGCUAACUCAGUAAAGAGGACGUGUGCUGCUGUUUGCCCUCUCUACGGGGAUGUUCCCUUGGGUGCCCCUGGUCCCCCAGGACAGAAAGGACCCCCAGGACCUCCUGGUGAUCCUGGUAUUGAUGGUGCUGCUGGGGAAAUGGGUCUACCAGGGUUCUAUGGGGAAGCUGGAGAGCCAGGUCGACAAGGAGAAUCAGGUGGCAGAGGAGAGCGGGGUGAUAAAGGACGCAAAGGUUAUGGCAUGCCAGGCUUCACUGGAGAUCAGGGACCAAAGGGUCAGCAAGGACGUCCCGGCAGAACCUUUAAUGGCCAGCCUGGAAAACCAGGUGAUAGGGGACACACUGGCCGGCCUGGGCUCAGGGGCCACCCAGGUCUCAGGGGACCUUCAGGUGUCUGUGUCACUUCUGGAUGUGCUGAGCAAAACUAACCCAGUGGGACACGUCAGCCAGCACCACGGAGACUAAGAAAUCGCUUCUAAACGAAAAAGAGGCCAAUUAGGAUGAUCAACAUUUUCUGAUGUUAAAAGGAGAAAGUUAUUUCUUUUGUUGAUAUGUGAUUGUUUUAUUAAAAUAUUAAAUUUGUAUGUACAUUUUCUGAAUUCACUUAAACUGUAGCCUUAAAAGAAAUGUUACUAGAGAUCAGCAGCUGAUCAUUUGGAGGACCAAAAUAUGCUUGUUUGAAAAUAUCUUCAUUUUAAUUAUUUUGUAGUUUUUUGUAAAAUGAUUUACCGUCCUCUAACUAAUCUUUAAUCGUCUGUUUUUUUUGGUUUAUUAAAAAUGUAAAUAAUUUAA